AUGAACUCGCCGUCGCCGACUCAGCUCCUCCCAUCCGGCGGGAUGGCCAUCUACGAGCUGAACAAGCAGAUGGGCCUCUGGAUGGACGCCCUGGGGACCGACAGCAGCCAGAACACCGCCACUUCCACUGUCCUCGAACCAGAGGCCAAGGCCCCCCCCCAUCAGGUUCAUACUACAACCACUACUACUAAUAGUAAUAAUAAUAAUGAUAAUAAUAAUAAUUCUGCUAAAAUUAAUCAUUUCUAUGUUCAUAAUUUGUUUGUUUUUCUUGUAAAUUGUGGUUGGGUUUGUUUAUUAGUUGCAGGAUGCCAAUGAGAUGCCGGGAUCUUCGAGAGAAACUGAUCAGGAAGCUAAUAAACCCAACGACAAGGUGGGCCCAUGUUCUUGCAUAGAUAUUCCUUUUUCUCUGGGGCCUUCCUAUAAGCCCUUGAAUGAAGAAGAGUGGACUAAGGAAUGAAACCCAUUUAUCAAAGUUGAAGCAUAGCCCAAAAGAUAUAAUUACUUGAUGAGCUUUGAUUAGGCAUGAAUAGGGAUUCUCCUCCUUCCACAGGGUUCAUAUGGGUGUUUGGUGGUGGUGGUGGUGGUGCAGGUGCUGAGGAGGCUUGCGCAGAACCGGGAGGCGGCCAGGAAGAGCCGGCUCAGGAAGAAGGUGGGCCCAGGCCAGAUUCAAUCACGAGUCCGGGGAUUUUGCUGCUGCGGAGAAUCUUGAAAUGGUCUAUCAUGUUUCUUGUCUGCAGGCGUAUAUUCAGCAGCUGGAAUCAAGCCGUUCCAAGUUGGCGCAGCUUGAGCAGGAACUCCAGAGGGCCCGGAAGCAGGUUUGUGGGCCCAUCUUAUUCCAGUGAAAAUACAUCUCUCUCUCUCUCUCUCUCUCUCUCUCUCUCUCUCUCUCUCGCUCUCUCUAUCUCUGCCCAAACAUGCAAUGUACCCAUCACCUAAGAACCUCCUCUUUGGCUACCCACCUCUUUGGCUACCCCUAUUACGAGCAUCUAAUCCGACCCCGUUGACUUUUGUUCCAGGGUGGUCUCAUAAGUGGAAGCCCAAGAGAUUCAUUUCGUGGGAUACCCAGGGCAUUCAACUCAGGUAGUUCAAACUAGAAAAACUGUUCAUUCGAUCCGCCUCCUUUCUAAUCUAAGAAACCCAAAUCGUGGAUCAUAGACUGUUCUAAUACCUGGAGAUUGAGGCGACAGGUGCCGCAACCUUUGAGAUGGAAUAUGGGCGCUGGGUGGAGGAGCAGAACAGGCAGGGCCGGGACCUGCGUGCGGCUCUACGUGCCCAUGCCUCUGACAUCGAGCUUCAGAUACUGGUCGAGAGCGGCAUGAGCCACUACGACGAGCUCUUCCGCAUGAAGGCCGCCGCCGCAGAGGCUGAUGUCUUCUUCAUAAUCUCCGGCAUGUGGAAGACAUCUGCGGAAAGGGUUUUCCUAUGGAUUGGAGGCUUUCGCCCUUCUGCCGUUCUGAAGGUGAGGUAGAGAUCUGAUUGCACACAGCUGAUGUCUGAUGUCUUCAUUCAUGCUAUGUUAUCACAGGGCGGUCUAGCAAAACAGAGAAUUAAGGAUUUCCAGCACUCAGAGCCCUGCCCAAUGGUUCUACUAUAACUCAGUAUCUAUGUGAUGGUUGCUUCUCAUCUAAUUCAGACAAGGCCUUGUCUGAUUCAGUAUCUAUGUGAUGAUUCUUACCUAAUUCAGGACAGGGAGGGGAGGGGUGGCUUGUCUGAUUCAGGAUUCAUAGAUGAUUAUUAUCCGAUUCAGGAAAUGACUUGCUUUAUUUUUUUUUCGGGCCCUCUCUCCACUACUUGAUCCGUUGACUAAUUCAGACAAGAUCUUGUCUGAUUCAGUAUCUAUGUGAUGAUCCUUACCUAAUUCAGGACAGGGGGCCUUGUCUGAUUCAGGAUUCAUAGAUGAUUCUUAUCUGAUUCACGAAAUGACUUGCUUCAAAUCUCCCUUACUCUUUUCCAGGUCCUCUCUCCGCAACUUGAUCCGUUGACAGAGCAACAAGUCAUGGCCGUGUACAAUCUCCAGCUAUCCUCCCAGCAGGCUGAAGAUGCCCUCUCCCAGGGCAUGGACAAGCUCCAGCAGACUCUCUCAGAAACACUGGUGGCCGAUGCAUCGGCCACUGUGAACACUUCAAACUGCAUGGGUCAGAUGGAAACAGCCAUUGGGAAGCUGGAAGCCCUCGUAAGUUUCGUUAACCAGGUAAAGACCUUCACCCCACCUCAUCCAUGGGACCCCUCGUAGUUAUUCUCAGACUGUUCUUCUUGCCUUUGGUAUCAAGUUCAUAUUUUUACAAAUCAAAUGUAGAAACAUUGAUAAGACACAUUGGGCAGCAGCUCGUAGACCCAUCUGAAAAGAAUAUUUGCUAUUUAAUAAGAGCAAUACGCAGAAUGGCGGUCCAUACAAAAACACCUACACUGAGGGCCGUCCAUGGCAGAUCUUCAUUCAUGGGAGCCUUACCAACUUACUGAGUUAGCUACUUUAAGCAAAAAUUAUGUCUGGUCACCAAGCACUCCCUGCCAUUGCUGACUAUGGGGUCUCAUCUCUAUUGAAGGCUGACCAUCUCCGGCACCAGGCCCUGCAACAGAUGCACCGGAUACUCACCACCCGCCAGGCUGCCCGGGGCCUCCUUGCCCUGGGGGACUACUGCCAGCAGCUGAGGGCCCUCAGCUCCAUGUGGGCGGCCCAGCCCCGUGAGCCGGCAUAG